AUGGAUUCGACCAGAAAAACCGGACUAGAGGCAGCUUCCCAUUCAAAUACAGGUAGACUAUCACGAACCAGACAAAUGCAAGAGAUAAAGAGCACCUGUUGCUCGGGAAUGCGUGACUGGAUCGUUGACGGCGGUUGUUUUGGCCAAUGCCUGCAUCUGGAAGAUCGAUCGCACGCAACGACUCUUGAAAGCAUCUUCUUUGACGGACACCGUGGCGGCGUUGAUGAGAGGAACUUCAGAUUGAAGCAGAGACUUUUGCAUGCAAAAGCAUUGACAUCUACGCUACCUCAGCUUCAGUCCAUGCAAUGGCUGUCUUCAGUAUGGGGUAAAUCCGAUGUCUCGUUCGUAUCCUCGGACUCGGUCCUACCGCCUACUACCACGAAGCUCUACAUCGGCAAGAUCUUCCCCUCUGAUACUCAUGUUCCAUCAAUGCCUCAAGAGUACUGUGAAAGAUCUUUGCAGUGUUUAAAAUUCAUCUCAUUGGAGCUCACAUUCAAGAAAGGGUUAGAGGCUCUUUCAUUGCGCAAAAGAUAUCUGGGCCAAGACAGACAACUGACCGAGUUUACAGACCACAACACCGCGAAGAGUUUGCAGACAGAAUUUGAGGGAGGAUGUGGUGACUUUAUGUUAGAUAUGGUCGGCCGGUGCCUCAAUUGUUCAUUCAGACUUCAGCCUGGCUGGAACAGCAAGGACUUUCUGAACGCCUACCGCACGCAUGUCUUAGAACCUUUCGAGAAGAUAUUGGCGGCUUGGAGCAACAUGAAAGUCUAA